AUGUUAACAGCCUUGUUUGAUUCUUGGCCGUCUCUGCGCAGUCACCGCCUGCUCGGGCUUGGUAUUCCGGGCCGUGUUAAUUUUUAUCCGUCCGAUUAUGUAUUCGGCCAUCCGUCCGAGCCGGACAGCGGAACUGGACGCCGCCCCGACGAUCCAUUUGGUUCCAAGGGAACACCGCGCAACUCUGCCAGGCGCUCCGAACACGAGUUCCUUUUACAUCGCCAGCCUUCGGCGUUGUCUUGCGGCGUAUGUAGACGCCAAGGAGACAGUUAUGAGUUGAGCGCACCGCGUGGCGCAUCGGCAGUCACUUUCAAGCCAGAGUCGGACCUUCAUCUCUUCCUCGUCCGGCUGCAGACUGGAGCCGGCAGCCGAUUCCGCCCGGCAGCACAGCCUCGGCAGCAAUAUUCAAGAUAA